AACUAACUCUCACCUGUGACAACAGGUGUCCUCAUUUCCUCAUUUCAUUUGUCCCAAACGUCACACGCUAUAACUUUCCACAUUUUUAAAUGUUGCCGUCGGACUGAUUAAUUUUUUUUUUACCUGGAUAUACCUCCCGAUUUUCUGUACCUUUUCUUAAAAAAAAAAAAAAUGGGUCAGCGUGUCAAGAUAAGUGAUGUCCCAUUUGCAUCGGUGAUAGCAGCCGUUAUGGGUGUCAUUAGUAUUUCGGUGUUUGCUGGUACCAUGUACGAAGCUCUGAAAAUUUUUACAGUAUACAUAUUUGAAGAUUUAUUUCAUUACAGACUGUCUUGGUUGGAAACCAUUCAAGAUACAUUUUUAAUUAUUGCCAUUACAAUGGCACUUUAUGUAGUUUUCCUUCUCGUAUUUGGUGUAUUGGUGACUGGUGCCACACGUCGUCAUGUAUACGCUGGAAUGUCAUGCAUAAUGGGGGGACAGACGUCAGCGAUUUUUUUAAUGGUUCUAACAUAUAUUUGCCAUAUAAUAUGGAUCCUUAUUAUAUCGGCGUGUAUUGUACCAAUUCUUUUAUACGUUAUGUUCAUUGAACUUUGUAAUCAACAUGUAUUCAACAAAAAAGCAGAAGAUAUCAAAUUUUGUAUGGAUCUCAGUAAUUUUGGUAUAUUUAGUAACAGCUCCCAGAAAAUUGUUGGAGGUUUGACUACAACCCCUCUUUGCUCACCAACCAAUUUGCGACGGAUGUGUACUCGUACUGAAGAAUCUGGUCAACUCUUUAUUGUUGCUUAUAUUGGUGCAUUUUGUGCCUCACUUGCAAUGGCCCAUUUUAUGACUAUCUUGGCAGCUAAUUAUACUCGCAUGAAACUGUCCAAAGAACUCACAGAUUACAGAAAUGCUGUGGAAAUGACUUCAUGAUUUUAACAUCAACAUCAUUCUAUGUUUUAUCAUCAUUGAUCCUUUCUAAAUGUUGUGCAGCUCAAAACGUUUUUACCUGCUCAGAAAACUUUGGAAGUUUUCUUAUAUUUAAACACUUUCCAUUGUAAUUCCAUUAUAAUUCCAUUAUCGUACACUGGUAUCUUUUAUAUUGUACAGUUUUGUCCAAAAGUGUGAAACCAAAAUGGAUUUUGUAUAGACAAGUAGAAUCAUUUAUCUAAUACAAGCAGACAAAGAUCUUUCAUGGAUUAAGACUGCAUUGUGAAUCCUAAUCAAAAGUUGCAAGAAAAUAGAUAUAUUUUUCUAUUUUGCUAACAUCGUAGCAAAUCGUAAUUAACUGAUCAUAAUUGCUUGAAGUGUUUUGUAAAAUAUUGUAAAAUUAAAUGUGAAAUCAUCUUUGCUGUAUUAAACUAUAGUCUAGUAUGUUUGUGUGUAGAACAGUCACAACAUUCCAAACGUUAUAAGCCAUAUUCCUUAAUGAGUUACACUUGAGAUUUAUAGAGGGGGGAGUAGUAACUCAUCGAUUUAGAAGACUUUUCUGGUGUUAGGAAACCUAGUUUUUGUGAUGUAAAUAUAGUGAUACUGUCUGAAUGAUUUCACCAUGAGAUAGUAAUUGUGACAUCUUGCAGCCUAGAAGUUUUAGUGAAUUUAAAAGAUUUUAGCCCUGGCUGGCUCAUGCAAAGGGACAUUACGAUGUAAAGCUGUUUCUUUAAUGCGUCGAUUAAAGAAAAUUAGUUUGAAUGUCCCGAUUAAAGGUUUAUAUUCAUGGAGGCCAUGUAUGUCUUGUGUAACGUGCUGAGGUUAUAUAUGGAUGAUGAAAAAGUUUAAGGAGGUUGGUUAUUGUCUGGUUGUAAUGCAUGUUGUUAGAACUGACUGAAAAUAAGAUAUCAAUAUGUGAGACACAACUGAACCUUGGGGUACAUCAGAGUUGGAAGAUUGUGGUUGGGAAGAAUCUCAUCAGUGUACACUUCAAUGGAGAUGUGUGUGUUUGCAUGCAUGCAUGUGGUGUGUGUAUGCGUGCAUGUAAUGUGUGUGUGUGUGUGUGUGUGUGUAAUUGUCCAUUUUUGCUCAUUCUUUUCUUUAUGUGUAUUAAAUGUAGUAUAACUAAUCUGUAGCUAAUAUUCCUUUGUUAAAUAUAUGUACACCUCAACAAGGCUACUGUUAGUUUCAUGCUGAGAGAAAAUUUCUCAGCAAUUGAUGAGAAAUUUUCUUUUGGCAUGAAACCAAUAGUGUCCUUGUUAACCCACAUAUAUAAAAUAUUUAUCCACCAAUGUGGUGUUGAGCACUCAUCCUCACUGUUCAAUAUUAGCAUGUGUGUAUAUGUAUAUAUAUAUAUAUGUGUGUG